AGAGACAGAGAUAGAGAGAGAGAGAAAGAGGGGGGAAGGCAAGCUGAGCAGGAUGAGGACAGCGGCGUUAGGGAUGAUUCACCCGUCGACGCCGGGAUGGGAGACGCCAGAACCGCAAUGGCCAGGAGCGACGAGUCGUGAGGGAGGUGUCGCGCCGUAGAGGCAACAUGGAGGCGCGUAGCACCCGCUGAGGGAGAAAAUCUCUUUAUUGUAGCCUAGCAGCAUCAUCAGCACCAUUCGUCCGACCGACCUGAGCGGGGCGGAAGAGGAGGAGGAGGAGGAGGAGAGAGAGGCAGAGAUGGGCUCCCACAUUGCUCAGACCCUGCGUCAGGGCGUUUGGGCGUCCCUGACCGGGGGCUGGUACCAUGACCCAGAGCAGCAGAAAUUUAACAACUCCUGCCACCUCUAUCUGUGGAUCUUCCUUCUCAUGCUGCCGCUGUCUCUGCAUUUAGCCCUGCCUCCGACCACCAUGGCCCUGAGCAUCUACUGCGCUUCCAUCACCAUCUUCUUCGUGCUGGUCAAGACGGGCAACUACCGGCUACACGUGCUGUUUGAUGAGGGCGAGGCGGUUGUCCGCAGCAGCCUCUCGGACCUCAGCAAGGCCGCCGACAAGAAGAGCAAUGCCGCCUCCGACGCCUGCCUGCCCCCCAACAUCAGGAAGAGCAGCACCAUCCCAGACAGCGUUGCCAUGACGAUGCUAGCUCGCAAGCGUCCCAGUCAGGUGAUCCAGGUGACCGUCAAGCAGACGGAAACAGAUGUGGGACUGAUCGGGGUGGAGUGUUCCAAAUCAGAUGAGGGGAGGAUGGUAGAAGUUGCAGUGCCCUGCAAUGCUAAAUGCACCACAGAGGAGAGGCCAGGGGAGGCUGGUCCACACCCGAGCCCAGAGCCUACCACGGAGAACCUCCCUGACAAGGUUGCCCCUUUGCUGCAGGCUCAGCAGAGGCCCCCAUCUGUAACUGAAAGACAGGAGACUCAGUGUGUGAAAAUAAUCGACGACAACAAGGAGUCACCAGAUGAGGGAAGACGAGAGGAGAAAGACAAUGAGGAGAAUGAGGAGGCAUGUGGAGAAACAUCUCAGGGUCUUCCUCCCUGCAAAGGAAAGGAAGAUGACCGUGUUGAGACGGAGAGUGAGGGCCACAAGGAGCCGUCAGAUGCCAACAAUAACUCACUGGAGACGCCCUUGGAGUGCCCUCACAAACUCAUGGACAUGCCAGACGCAGCUACACAGGACGAGCAAGGGGAGGAGACGUACUGCUCCGAUGAAAUAGAAGUGGUCCUCACGGACAGCUCUGGUCCGGCGUCUUCGUCUGCUCCUCCUCCUCACGCGGACAGCGAGGCCGACGCGGUCAAGAUCGUCAUCACCAUGAGCUGCGACCCUCGCACGGCCGCUCAGCUGGAGGAGAGCGUCAAGCUGAGCCUGCUGGAGAACGCGCAGGCCCAAAAGGAUGCUGGGGAAUGUCACAUCAACAUCCCCGUCAUCACCUUUGACUUGCCUGAGGACGAGAAGCAGGAAUUGGAAGAAGAUGCACAAGAAAAAGAAGAAGCAGACCUAAUAAAAGACGAACCCACUCGGAGGCGGCCGGCGAGCCAAAGCGAGGAGUUCUUCUUAUGCAGAGACACUAUCAGCUCAGAGUCGGCCACCUUGGAGUGUCCCCAUCUGGACCCGGCCAGCACACAGCAGACCAACAACAACAGCUCGUCGGGCGUCGACGUCCACUCCCACUUCAACCCCGAUGACACGGACCCUCUAGUUUCCUGUGCGGACCCUCAAGGUUUCUUGCGUCUGCCGCCCGCUUUGGGGCGCUACGGUCCCGGAGGAAGGACGCACUUACGUGGGCUGAGCAUGGACAGCGGGAAAGAUGCCGUGCUGCUCUCGGACCGCUCCCAAAACACAGCCACCAUGACCACCUCCAAGUCAGAUCUGGAGGCAAAGGAGGGUCAGAUUCCCAACGAAUCCAACUUCUUGGAGUUCGUCUCGCUGUUGGAGUCGCUCAGCACUCGAGGGAGCACCAAGGAAGAAGAAGGACCAGAGCUCCAGGCAGAAGCGGGAGCCUCCCUGGAGACGGAAAAGCAACACGCAGAGGAUGCCGGCGCAUCGUCCCGAGCGGACGAUCCCAAAGAGAUCAACACGCACAGCAAAGCGGAGCGACCCAAAGCGCCCACCAGCCUGGCUCCCGACAAGUCUCUUCUGCCUAUACACAUUCCCAUCGUCUCACCAGACAGUCCGCAGACGGAAAAAGAUCCCGACUACGACUCUCUGCCUUCCCAAACGUCGCAAUCUGAAAGCUCCAUGCUGCAGGUCAUCUGUCGUCCAGAGGCUACGAGCAAGGAGGAAGCGUACACCUUCCACACUGUGCACCGAGAGAGGCCACGUAAGCUAUACGCAGAGCGGGCCCUCAACCUGCCGCUGGGAGCCGAGCUGAUCACAGGCAACAUGUGUGACCUGCUGUCCACUUCUUCCAACUCGGAGUGCCAUGACAGCACGGUGGGCGGUCACGCCGACUGUCCUUUCGAACGGCGCAUCAUUCCUUCGCACCGACUUCGCCCCCGAAGGACGCACCCCGAGAUCUUCCAGGAGGAAGACUCUUUAGAUGAUUCCUCAGAGACCACCACUCAGGAGAAGCCCACCAGGAAGAUAUACUACAAGCUCAAGCUGUUUCCUGGCAAGUGGGUUAACAUUUUAUACGACCGACUCACCUUGCUCGCUCUUCUGGACAGGAACCAAGAUGUUCUGGAGAAUCUGGUGGCUGUUUUCAUGGCCUUCCUGGUUUCCUUCCUCGGCUUUUUGCUGCUCAACGACGGCUGCUUCAAAGACUUCUGGGUUUUUCAGUUCUGUCUGGUUAUCGCCAGCUGCCAGUACUCCUUACUGAAGAGUGUUCAACCAGAUGCAGCUUCACCAACACAUGGUCACAACCAGCUGGUGGCCUACAGCCGCGCGGCAUACUUCUGCAUCUUCUGCUCGCUCAUCUGGACGCUGGAGCAACUCCUGCGCAGGAAGGACCUCCCCGAGUCCACCUUGUACGGCGUCACCAUCGUGUGCCGCGACACGCUGCGCUUUUUGCAGAAUCUGCUAGUGGGUUUCACUCACUGCUUCCCCAUCACGUUUCUGGUGGGCCUUUUCCCGCAAGUCAACACCUUCACCAUCUACCUGCUGGAGCAGAUUGACAUUCAUUUUUUUGGCGGCACAGCGGCUACAAGUCUGAUCUCCGCAGUGUACAGCAUCCUCCGCAGCCUGGCGGCUCUGUCUCUGCUCUACGGUUUCUGCUUCGGGGCCCUCAAGGAGCCGUGGGACGAGCAGCACACGCCGGCCUUGUUCUCCGGUUUCUGCGGCCUGCUGGUGGUUUUCUCCUACCACCUCAGUCGGCAGAGCAGCGACCCCUCUGUCAUGCUCUCGCUGAUUAAGUCCAAAGUGAUGCCCACGUUGGUGGAGGGCGAAGAAGAGCAAGGUCAAGACACAGACAUCGAAGACCCUCUGCCCAAGAAGCUGCAGAAUUCUAUGAAGGAGAUUCUUCUGUCGGACGUGAUCGUGUGCUCGCUGGCCUACAUUCUGACCUUCGCCGUCACCGCCAGCACCGUCUUCCUGUCGCUAAAGCCCUUUGUGACCAUCGUGCUGUACGCGCUGGCCGGGACGGUGGGCUUUGUGACGCACUACCUGAUCCCCCAGCUGAGGAAGCAUCACCCCUGGCUGUGGAUUUCGCACCCGCUGCUCAAGACCAAAGAGUACCACCAGUUUGAGCCCAGAGAGGACGCAGUGCUGAUGUGGUUCGAGCGUCUGUACGUGGGCCUGCUGUGCUUCGAGAAGUACGUGGUGUACCCCGCCAUCCUACUGAGCGCGCUCACCAACGACGGCUUCUCCCUGAGCCACCGCAAGAGGCUGGGGAUCCACUGCGAUGUCCUGCUGACCACCGUCGCCGGGAUGAAGCUCCUGCGCUCGUCCUUCUGCGACCCCAGCUUCCAGUUCCUCACCUUGCUCUUCACACUGGUUUUCUUUCACUUUGACUGCCCGCGCGCUUCCGAGAGCUUCCUACUCGACUUCUUCGUCGUGUCCAUCCUCUUCCACAAGAUGCGUGAGCUGCUGCUGAAGCUCCACUUCAUCCUAGUCUACAUCGCCCCGUGGCAGAUCGCCUGGGGCAGCGCCUUCCACGCCUUCGCCCAACCCUUCGCCGUACCUCACUCGGCCAUGCUGCUGCUUCAGACGCUGAUCACCACCAUCUUUUACACUCCGCUGGCCCCCUUUCUAGGCAGCGCCAUCUUCUUCUCCUCGUACCCGCGACCCAUUAAGUUCUGGGAGAGAAACUACAACACAAAGCGCAUUGACAACUCUAACAGCUGCCUAGUGUCUCAAGUGGAUAAAGAGACGGGCUGCGACGACAACAACCUCAACUCCAUCUUCUACGAGUACCUGACGCGCUCGUUGCAACACUCGCUCUGCGGUGACCUCAUGCUGGGCCGCUGGGGCAACUACAGCGCCGGGGAUUGCUUCAUCCUGGCCUCGGACUACCUCAACGCCCUGGUGCACCUCAUUGAGAUCGGCAACGGCCUCGUCACAUUCCAACUCCGUGGGCUGGAGUUCAGAGGAACCUACUGCCAGCAGCGUGAGGUGGAGGCCAUCACGGAGGGCGUGGAAGAGGACGAUGCCUGUUGCUGCUGUGAGCCGGGCCACUUGCCCCACAUGCUGUCGUGCAACGCCGCCUUCAACCUGCGCUGGCUGGCGUGGGAGGUGACGGCCACCAAGUACCUGCUGGAGGGCUACAGCAUCAGCGAGAACAACGCCGCCACCAUGUUGCAAGUCUACGACCUCCGCAAGCUGCUCAUUACCUAUUACCUGAAGAGUGUUAUUUACUACCUGGUGCACUCCCCCAAGCUGACCACCUGGCUCAAAGACGCCACCAUCCACGAGGCGCUGCAGUCCUACACCAAGUGGCACCACAUCGAGCGAGACCCUCAGGUGUUUAGCGUCAAGAUAGACGAGGACUACGUGCACUGCCUGCAGGGGGUGACGCGAGCCAGCUUCUGCAACGUGUACCUGGAGUGGAUCCAGUACUGCGCUGGCAAGAUGGAGACGCCUGUUGACAGCGAUGAAGACUCCCCUCUGGUGACUCUGUCGUACGCCUUGUCGGUCCUGGGAAGACGAUCGCUCGGAACAGCAUCGCACAACAUGUCUAACAGCCUGGAAUCCUUCCUGUAUGGUUUCAACACGCUGUUCAAAGGCGACUUCCGCAUAGCUACUAAGGACGAGUGGGUUUUUGUCGAUCUUGACCUACUGCAGAAGGUGGUGGCUCCCGCCGUCAGAAUGAGCCUGAAGCUGCAUCAGGACCACUUCACGUGUCUGGAGGAGACGGAGGAGGCAUCCAUCUUGUACGAGGCCAUCACGAACUACCGCAGUAGCCUGGUCAUUUGCCACGAAAGCGACCCGGUCUGGCGCAAGGCGGUGCUGUCCAGCUGCGACACGCUGCUCACACUGCGCCACAUGGUAGACGAUGGCACGGACGAGUACAAGAUCAUCAUGCUCUACAAGCGCCACCUCAGCUUUAAAGUCAUCAAGCUCAACAAGGAGUGCGUACGAGGCCUGUGGGCAGGCCAGCAGCAAGAACUGGUCUUCUUACGGAACCGCAACCCAGAACGCGGCAGCAUCCAGAACUCCAAGCAGGCACUGAGGAACAUGGUCAACUCGUCGUGCGACCAGCCGCUGGGCUACCCCAUGUACGUGUCACCGCUGACAACGUCGUUCGCGGGAACACACAGGACGCUGCGUACCAUCGGUGGAGGGGCUUCCGGCUUGGACGCCAUUCGUUCCUGGCUGUGCUCCAAAUGGCUCAGGGUGCGCAAAGACAACCUGAACAGCUGCAACAGCGGCGCCAACAUUGACGACGGUGACUGUGGCACCGGCGGGUCGUCGUCCCUCAGCCACAAUCGGCCGUCGUCAGUCACCUCCAACAGUCUGAGUGUUUACCAGCAGAGAGCCCCCCGGACCACGCGCAGCCACCGACACCACAGCUCAGCCAGGAGGGAGUAUCGCAGCAGGUCGGUGCAGCCUCAGACCCAGCGUCCGCCAGUGAGCAGCCAAUCGGGACCCAUCGUAGACUCGGCCUCCAACCACGGCCUGGUCCAGCGUCUGUCCAACAGCCAGCUGUCCUUUAACACUUCGAUAGCCUCCAUCUUCUCCCAGGUCCCUCGUUUCUCGGGAACCGGCGGGAUUAGCUCGCAGCUCCAGGCGGCGCAGAAUCAGCAGCGUUCCAGCCAGGUGUCCUCGUCCUCAUCCACCCUGAGCCUGCUGUUUGGCAAGCGCAGUUUCUCCAGCGGCCUGGUGAUCUCGGGGCUGUCGGCAGCCGAGGGGGGCAACACCACCGACACGCAGUCGUCGUCCAGCGUCAACAUCGCCAUGGGACCCUCGCACCGGUCGGGCAGCAGGGCCACACAGUGGACGUCCGAACCGUACGAAAGCAUCGAUGAGACCAUUCCCAACGCCGCCGUCGAGCAAUCACAUGACCAGAGUGUUAGCCAGGGAUUGGACAAAACCCCCUCGGAGGACGCUGCUUCGAUAGUUCCUGAUCAAAAGACUGUGUGAGAACACACACACGCGCGCACACACAAUUUCACCUUUACAGAGAGGACUGUACAAUAUUUUCAUGUCAGUGGCGAGAGCCAUCGUGACGCACGCCGACCUGCCUCCACAUUCUCAGCAUGUGCUCUCACCUUGUUCUCUGAAUGUACACCAUCAACACCAUCAUGGAUACUGUCGGCGAAAAAAAAACAAAAACAAAAACAAAUCAUAAUGUUUUAACGUAAGCCUUUCUGUGGUCUUUACAGGUAGGGGACUGCAGAUUCUUCAAGUCUCAAAUUUGCCUUUCCUUAAAUGUGCAGAUGACGUUUUGGGUUUUUUUCUUGAAGAAAUGUGACUUUUAUUCUUAUGUUAUGACCAUUAUCGGAAAAAAAACCAUCAACUUUUAAAAAGUCCUACAUUACAUUAUGAUAUGAUCUAUCUAUCUAUCUAUAUAGUGUAAUUUAUUUGCAGCAUUACGACGAGUUUCCUCUGAAGAAAGUAAGAAAAUAUUACUUUUUUGCAAAAAGACUCAUAGCAAUGGUUCUUUAAGUGUGGUACAAGUUCCCUCGAGUAGUACACGACAGAAUCACUGAAUUGAACUUUCACACAGUGCAGUGUUAUAGUGGCUUAAACUUAUUUUGAAUUCAGUUCAGUACUGUUCAGUUGUAUUUAAAAUUUUUCUUCAAUCUUUUAGAAGUGUUUGUUUUGAAUCAUUUAGGUAGAAAUUUUGUCUUAUUUUUACUUUAAUGCGCAUUACUUUUUAAUUGAUUAUGUAUUUUUUUUAAUAUUUAAGAGCAAUGUUAAUGUUCAAACUGUGCAUAUUGUUACAGUGACACUACAUUUUUUAAAUAUACUUUUUAGGAAUAAACUCUUUGCCUCAUUUUUUCUGAAAACUUGGGCCUACUGCACUACUGUAUUUUAAUGUUGUCAUUAUGGUAGUACUUGGAGAGGUAUUUUUUGAGGUGGUACUUGGCAUAAAAAGUUUGAGAAAAACAGUCAUAACAUUAUCACUAUAUUCUUGUAACUUUCAAUCUCGAAUUUUACCUUGACAAAAAAUACAUUUUUCUUUUUUUCCCCCCAACUACAAUACUAGUCUUUUUUAAGCACUAGGGCUGCAUUGAAAAAAACCCAAAACAUUACAUUUCCACCCA